GUUCUGGUCAAAAUUCUUGUAUUGCUAUCAACACAAACUCCAAAUAGAAGGCUGAGAGAGAAAAAGGGAACGAAAACGAAGUGUGUAUUCCCACUCUUAGUCAAGAACAGAAGAAAUUUCUCUCAUUUCUUUUGGAUCUGAACAACAAUGGCGGAUUCUGAUGUCGGAAAAUUGUUCAUCGGCGGAAUAUCUAGGGAUACAACCGACGCAACUCUCAAAGAUUACUUCACCAAAUAUGGUGACGUUUUGUCCUCCAAUGUUGCUAAAGAUCGCGUUACUGGUAUCCCUAGAGGUUUCGGUUUCGUCACUUUUGCUAGCCCUAGUUCUGUUGACGAUGUUCUUCGUAAUGAUCACCAUUUUAUUGCCGGUAAAACGGUAGAAGUGAAAAGAGCUUUACCAAGAAAUGGACUGCAGUCAAUUGCUCAGCAACAACCAGGCAACAAUGUGCACCAUACAAAUAAAGGAUAUGUUAGGAACAUUAACGGUAGCCAGGGAGCUAACAAUACAGAUGAAUGCUUACGAGCCAAGAAAAUUUUUGUAGGGGGUUUGUCACCUAACUUGACUGAAGAGGAGUUUAAGACUUAUUUUGAGAAGUUUGGUAAGAUUGUAGAUGUAGUUGUGAUGCAUGACAAUACCACUAACAGGCCUAGAGGAUUUGGGUUUAUAACUUUUGAUUCUGAAGAAGUAGUUGAGAAACUCAUGCAAAAUAGUCAUCAUGAGUUGGGCGGUAAGCGUGUUGAAGUUAAGAGGGCCGUUCCUAAGGAAGCGACUAGGAAUUCUAAUAACGGAAAUAACUCUAGAUUUGGUAGCUGUAGAUUUUUCCCAAUUCCAAACCCAGAUAGCAACAGUUGGCCAAGAGGUGCCUAUGUGAAUUAUCCCGGUCAAUUUCCUCUUUCCACCCCUUAUCCUGGUUAUUACUAUGGCGGCGCCUAUAGUAACGUAUAUCCUUUCGGUGGGUAUGGUGUUUGUGGUUAUGAGAUUCCUGUGGUUCCUCCUAGUACUCUAUGGAACGGAAGUGGGAUGAUGGGGGUUCAACCUUUACCCUAUGGCACUGGCUUUUAUCCUACUGUAGUCAAUGGUGGAGUUGCAUUUUUGGGAAUGAUUAAUGGUUAUAAUGAUUUUGUAGAUAAUCAUGCUCAUGAUUACAAUAAACCAGAUGAGGAUCAUCAAGUUAAUGGAACUGUUAGUUCAGAGGUUGAUGUCGCGAGUGCAAAAAAUUGUAGAGUUUCCGAAGCACAAGAGCAGUUGAAGGUGCCUCCUAUGGUCAGUCCAGCUAGUCCAAUGGACCAAUAACUACACAUACAUGAGAAUGUUACAGUUCAUGAUUUGUACACAGGAGUACUUCCGGUAUCUCCUUCAUCCCCGUCUAUUAAAAUCUUAUCAUAUAUCGAUCCUUUUCGUAUCUCUUGUGUUAUCAUUUUAAUAAUUUUGCAAUAUAGAAAUCAACUUUUAUGUCAUAUAGCCCUAUCUAAUUGCAGGAAUUUAUUCAUUUGGUGCCUCUUUGCAGUAUCA